UUCCCCUAAUGGACAACAAUAGAACGAAUAAUUGGUUUCGGGUUAAAUACGGGUAUAUUGUGUUAAAACUCGUCACCGUGAAAAGAAUGGACAGUUGAAAAUUGGGUGUAACUUCCUGCUGGCCUUUUACAUCAAAGUCUUAGAGACUGGACGGUAUCAUUUCAGGAAAUUAGUUGCAGUGAAAUGUACAUUUAUUAGGAAUAGAUUACCUGGGACGUAUUGACUUGAAAUCGAAAUCAAAAUGGCAACAGCAAAUUUUCUUUCUUGUGUAUUGAUUUUACUUAUUUUACCAGAUGUGAUGGCUGAGUCAAAUCCUGAUCCAGUGGUUGGUUUAGUGGUGGCUGCUGUUAUUGCUUUCUUUAUUUUGAUUGGUGCUUUAGUAGUGUGUAUGCUGGGACUUGUGUGGAACGACUGGUUUCCAAAACGUCAAUGGCUUCGUGGGAAACACAAAGUUGACAGAUCAGAAAUCGAACAUGAACGUUUGGAAGAUGAAAAAUCUGUUAUUUCGAGAGUUUCCAAAGCGCCCUCAUCAAUACAUAAUCAUACUCCUAGAAUGUACAACCCUGACACUAUUCAGUUAAGAGAUAUUAAUACAAUUGGGCCCUCAUUCAAUAGACAAGUACAAAUGUUGGAUGUGCCUCGAUAUGAAGAAAAGGGAAAAAUGAUAAAUUUUGGAGAUGAAGACGGCGACGGGAAAUACAAAGUGACCUCCCCAAGUGAGAUCGAAUACGAUGAAAAACAAAUAGUUCCAAUAAUGCAACAACAAAUGGUUAGAAAACAACCACAACAACUCAUUCAGAGAGAAAUGAUACCAGUUAUACAAGAAAUAACACACGAUCAACCAGUCAUUACACAGAUUGAAAAGCAACCAGUCAUUGUGAAAAUUAUUCAUAAAUAUCCCACUGCCACCCAAGUUGUCGAAGAACCAGUUAUUGCAGAAGUUACACACCCUGAAAAAGUAAUCACCAAACAGGUUGACGUUCCUGUCGUAAAAGAAGUAGAGCAUGACCAGCCAAUAGUAACUGAAUACCAAGAAAGACAAGUGAUUACAAAGGAACUUCAUAAAUAUCCAACUUCUAGACAAGUAAUAGAAAAGCCAGUCAUCAGAACAGUAGAACAUGAUCAACCCUUAGUGACAGAUGUUCAGCAGAGGGAAGUCGUUGCUAGGGAGGUUCACAGAUACCCAACGGCUACCAGAGUAGUCGAAAAACCAGUCAUUAAAACAAUCGAGCACAGGGAACCAGUUGUUACUGAUUAUCAAGAAAGGCCUGUAGUAAUGAAGGAACUACAUAAAUAUCCAACGUCAACAAAGGUCGUACAACAGCCCCUUGUUCGAACUGUUGAACAUGGCGAGCCAAUUGUAACUAAUGUCCAGGAACGACCAUUUGUCGCAAAAGAGCUUCAUAAAUAUCCAACUUCAACUAAGGUAGUUGAUAAACCUGUCAUUCGAAGCAUCCAGCAUGAUCAACCAAUCGUUACACAAAUGGUCGAAAGACCUACCGUAGUACGAGAGAGACAUGCUUAUCCUACCGUAACUCGUGUUGUCGAUCGACCGAGCGUUCAUGGUAGACCAUUGAGUCAAUCUCAAAUUGUAAGAGGAUCCAUGCCUGAAGGAGAAAUGAUUGAACGUGUGAUACAAAUGCCAUCACACGGUCCUCCAUCGUACGAAUAUAGCAAGCAAGUAAUUGAUACUAAAAAAGGAAAACGAAAAAGUAGCAAACGAAAAUCUAAUAGUGAGAAGAAAUCGCUACAAUAUGAAACUGUUACUGGAGUAAUCAAUUUCGGAACGGAGAGACCUAGCGACAACAGUAGUAGUUAUGAUUCAGAAUCCGAUUCCGAAUCAUCUUCAUCCGGGGCUUCGUCUGGAUAUAUUCAGCCGACAUUUGACGAUUCUGAUAAACCGCCAGCUCAAGGUCAACAAUGGGCAAUGUACUAAUAAUUCUAGUCUUUUUCAGACAUCAAAAUAACUACAUUGACAAAACAUGUAUACAUUACAUAGUACAACAUUUAUAUAAAUAUAUAUUAAUACAUUCCA